CUUUCCAGCCGGGUUGUCGGGUGACACAUCUCCUGCAGAGUUUAGAGUUGCUGGAAGGUGUGGUGAUUUUUUCAGGAGUGAAAAAACCGUGGAAAAAAGCCCCUAAAGUCCAAUAUUCCGGAAAAAUCAGCUAGGGCACGUGUGUGAGAAUGACCGGACGACUGCCAGCGUGUGUUAUCGAUGUGGGAACUGGAUACACCAAAUUGGGCUUUGCUGCCAACAAGGAGCCCCAGUUCAUUAUUCCAUCGGCAAUUGCAAUCAAGGAGAGUGCUAGGGUGGGUGAUCAGAACGCCAGGCGCGUGACGAAGGGUGUUGAAGACCUGGACUUCUUCAUUGGUGAUGAGGCAUUCAAUGCCACGGGAUAUGCUGUGAAGUAUCCGGUGAGGCAUGGCCUGGUGGAAGAUUGGGAUUUGAUGGAACGCUUCCUGGAGCAGUGCAUUUUCAAGUAUCUGCGUGCAGAACCUGAAGAUCAUCAUUUCCUGCUGACAGAGCCACCACUCAAUACGCCCGAGAACCGUGAGUACACUGCCGAAAUCAUGUUUGAGACCUUCAAUGUGCCCGGCCUGUACAUCGCUGUGCAGGCUGUGCUGGCCCUGGCCGCCAGCUGGGCAUCGCGUCCCGUGGAGGAGCGAACGCUCACGGGAAUCGUCGUAGACAGUGGGGAUGGCGUAACUCAUGUCAUCCCAGUGGCCGAGGGCUAUGUCAUUGGCUCAUGCAUCAAGCACAUCCCAAUUGCUGGACGCAACAUCACCUCCUUCAUCCAGAGCUUGCUGCGUGAGCGCGAGGUCGGCAUUCCGCCAGAGCAGAGCUUGGAGACGGCUAAGGCCAUCAAGGAGAAGUACUGCUACAUCUGUCCGGACAUCGCCAAGGAGUUUGCCAAGUACGACACGGAGCCCAGCAAGUGGAUUCGUCACUAUGAGGGCAUUAAUGCUGUCACCAAAGCCCCCUUUGGCGUCGAUGUCGGCUACGAGAGAUUCCUGGGGCCUGAGAUCUUCUUCCAUCCUGAAUUCUCCAAUCCCGACUUCACCACUCCCCUUUCCGAGAUUGUGGACAAUGUGAUUCAGAACUGCCCCAUUGACGUGAGGCGCCCCCUGUACAAUAACAUCGUCCUCAGUGGGGGCUCCACCAUGUUCCGGGACUUUGGGAGGCGCCUUCAGCGCGAUAUCAAACGGUCUGUUGACCAAAGGCUGAGAAUCAGCGAGAAUCUAAGCGAUGGGAGGAUUAAGCCGAAGCCGAUUGAUGUGUCAGUAAUUUCGCAUCAUAUGCAGCGAUAUGCUGUUUGGUUCGGCGGUAGCAUGUUCGCCGCAAUGCCAGAAUUCUACCAGGCUUGUCACACAAAAGCCUCCUACGAGGAGUAUGGACCCAGUAUUUGCCGUCACAACCCUGUCUUCGGCACAAUGACCUAAAUUUGGGGAGGGUGAAAACAAACCGGGCUUAAAUUGUCUGGCACAGCAACUGCCAAACAUUCCGGGCGCAAUAACAAUGAUACACAAUUGUCACUUGCAUUUUUAUUCAAAUUUUAUCAAAGGUAUUUCAAAUUUGUAAUCAAUAAA